AGAAAGCACUGGACUUCUCCCAGUCAUAAUGCUUCGACGGUCCCGGUCCUUGUUGGUGUUACUGCUGUUUGGGGUUCAGGUUGCCAUUGUGGUAAGAGCUCACUCUGGAAAUAAUCUGGUACGACACAAAAGAGAGUUGGUUCUUCCUCCAAAGCCUUUGACAGAAAAUGUAGACUACACUGAAAAGAAAUCUAUUGCCAAGAUCCGAUCAGACUAUCAAACUGAGGGAAAAACUGUUUUCUACUUCUUAGAGGGUAGAGGAGCAAACCAGUAUCCUUUUCAUGUGUUUGUGGUUGAACCUCUUACUGGUAACGUUCGGGUUACCAAAAAACUUGACAGGGAGGAGAUUGACACCUAUGAACUCAGAGGUGUUGCUAGAUACCCAGAUGGCACUGAAGCAGAUAAACCCAUUGACCUACGUAUUAAAGUUGUAGAUCAGAAUGACAAUGCUCCAAACUUUGGUUCAUCUGUACUGAAAGCUACGGUGGAUGAGUGCAGUCCUGCAGGGACUAUAGUUAUGAUAGUCAAUGCUACCGAUGCGGAUGAAGAAAAAACGAAGAAUUCUAAGAUUGCCUACUCCAUUAUAAAACAGAAACCCAAUCCCUAUUUUGACAUGAGUAAGGAUGGCUUUCUCAUUGUCCAGAAUGCUAUGUUGGACAGAGAGAAAGAAGACACAUACUUUCUAACUGUGAUGGCAAAAGAUUUAUAUGGUGAAGAAGGAGGACACACUGCAACUGCCACUGUUACUAUAACACUCAAUGAUGUGAAUGACAAUCCUCCAACUUUGGAAAAAAUGGAAUAUGAGGGUGUCAUUGAGGAGAACACAGCUGGUGUUGAGGUGAUGAUGAUCAAAGCACAAGAUCUGGACGAGAAGGCGACGGACAACUGGGAAGCUGUUUAUGAGAUUGUCAAAGGCAAUGAGGCUGGAUAUUUCAGCAUAAAAAAUGAUCCCUUAACAAAUGAGGCAAUCCUAAUGCUUGAUAAGCCUGUGGACUAUGAGGAUGUAGAAAAACUGGAGCUAGGGCUAGCUGUAAAGAACAAGGCUCCUCUGUUUGCUGGAUCUGGUGCCAAUGGUGCAGCUAAUAUAGAUUUUGGAUGUGGGGCUGGUAGUGCCAGUGGUGGCUGUGGUGCCAACUGUGCUAGUGGAACAACAUUUAAAACAUAUCCAAUCGAAAUCAAUGUAAAGAACCAGCUAGAAGGACCAGAUUUUUUUCCAUCGGUCAAAGCUAUUACCGUCACAGAAGAAGGCCAAUCUUUCACCAUGAAUCAAGUGAUUGCAAGUUAUCGUGCAAUAGAUAAAGACACUGGGAAACCAGCGGAGAAUGUAAAAUAUGUAAAAGGAUCUGACCCUGAAAACUGGCUUACCAUUGACCAAAAGACAGCUGAGAUCCAUCUGAUCAAGAAGCCCGACAGGGAGUCUGCAGCACUGGUCAAUGGGAUAUAUUUUGCUAAAAUACUCUGCAUCACAGAAGACAUGUCAGCUAAAACAGCUACUGGCACUAUAGCCAUCCAGGUGGAGGAUUAUAAUGACCACUGCCCCACGCUGACCAGUGACGCCAAGAAUAUGUGCACAUCAAAGAACAGUAUCAUUAUUUCUGCCAAAGAUGAGGAUGCAUUUCCUAAUGGAGCACCUUUUCAGUUUAUCAUUGUCCCAGAGGGCACAGAGGGAACUUGGCAAGUGGAGCACUACAAUGAUACUGCAGCUAUUGUGAGGACAAAGGAGAACAAGUGGCCUCAUGUCUACAACCUGAAACUUCAAGUGAAAGACCAGCAGGGAAAGGCUUGUCAGGAACCACAAGAAAUCAAGGUGUAUGUCUGUGAAUGUGGGGAUGGAGUUGACUGUGCAAGAAAAAGUGGCAAUGAUGCAGGCAUCGAACUUCUUCUUCUGGGACUGAUGCUUUUACUAUACAUUCCACUCUUAAUGUUCCUUUGUCUG